CCUCACUACCUCCCCACUUCCCACUUUAACCCUCCUCAUGGCUCAUAAUUACCAUCUUGCCAUUCUUCUCAUCUUCUUGUUCCUCAAAAUAUCUUUUUCAGCCUUGGUCACUCAGCAGCCCCUUGUCUUAAAAUAUCACAACGGAGCUCUGUUAAAAGGCCCCGUUACCGUUAAUAUUGUCUGGUAUGGUAAGUUUACACCCACCCAACGGUCAAUCAUCGUUGACUUUUUACAAUCUUUAAACACCGUUAAUACGGUAAAAAGGUCGGCGCCGCCACCACCCUCCGUCGCAACAUGGUGGAAAACCACUGAGAAAUAUCACAACGGGUCGUCAGCAACGGUCGUCGGUAAACAAAUCCUCGACGAAAACUACUCGUUGGGAAAGUUCUUAAAAAACUACCAUAUCCAAUAUUUAGCGACAAAAGUUUCACAAAAAAACUCCAUUAACGUCGUGUUAACGGCAAAGGAAGUCGGUGUAGACGGGUUUUGUCGGAGCCGGUGCGGGACACACGGGUCGACGAAAACGGGUAACCGGGUCGCGUACGCGUGGGUUGGUAACUCGGAGACUCAGUGUCCGGGUCAGUGUGCAUGGCCGUUUCAUCAACCGAUAUACGGGCCACAAUCGCCGCCGUUAGUUUCUCCUAACGGCGACGUUGGAGUGGACGGAAUGGUGAUUAAUUUAGCUACGGUGUUGGCCGGUGCCGUUACGAACCCGUUUAACCAAGGGUAUUUUCAAGGGCCGGCUAACGCGCCGUUAGAGGCGGUUUCGGCUUGUACGGGGAUAUUCGGGUCGGGUGCGUACCCGGGAUAUGCGGGUCAGGUGUUGGUGGAUAAGACUACGGGUGCUAGCUUUAAUGCGCACGGGUUAAAUGGGAGAAAGUACUUGGUUCCGGCUAUGUGGGACCCGAAAACUUCUACUUGUACUACACUAGUGUAAAUUUGAAAGGCGGUAUCUGGUGUGGGUCGGUGUACGCUAAACGAUGGACUGUCACGAUGGUUUGGUGUUGCCACUUGGUGGUGACGAGGAUGUUUGGGUAACUCUGGAGGUUGUCGUUUUGUGUGACGUGUAAAUUGGUGUUUUUAAGAAAGGAUGUAUAAAAAAGUUUGUGUGAUUUAUAAGUAAGUUGUCUUUAUAUUAUUAAAAGAGCAUUAAAUUCUAUGAUGAAGAUGAAUGGAGCUUUGAAAGA